AUGGCAGUUUAUGCUGCUCUGUUUCCACUAAAGUCCAAGAUUCGGGGAUAUCUAAAGCACUAUGAUGCUUGCUUUGAUCCUCCAUCUCUGCAACUCACACAGCACCUGUACAGAGAGGUUGUCUCCUUUCAAGAAUUUUUGGGGAGAUUGGACAGCAGCAGCAGGGAAAGAUUGAAAGCUUCGCUUGCACAAAUCGCCGAGGCAAUACCCAAAUUCCACCAUCUAUUUUCAUUGCAUCUCUCCCUGCAAUACGACAAAGUUCCUGAACAGAGAAACCGAAGGUUACUUCGCUUAGGCCUAAAUCCAGAUGAAGAAGAACAAGUUAGCGAUCCAGUCUCACGUUUGAUAGGCUUGACACAUCUAAAACCUAAUGUCCAUUCCUUGAUUCAAACUUUCAAGAAGCUGAAAGAGGAGCACGAAGAAGAUUUAUGUGCAAACAAGGCCAAGAUGGUUGGAUUAUCCGAUCUGCAGACUGAGCUCAAGGAAGAGCUAGUAAGAGUGUGGGACCGGGAUGUGAAGUUUCUCUCGGUUGCUGGGAUGGCGGGCAUCGGUAAGACCACUCUUGCGCGUACGAUAUACCAAGAUUUUGAUAUUGUAGAAUGGUUUGAAUGUCGUGCCUGGGUGGAAGUAGGCAGAGAGUGGCAGUUGCACAAGAUUAUAAGGAACAUUCUAGAUCAAGUGAAUUCCCAUGAAAUGGAAGAUGCUGAUGAUGAUGAUGAGAGAGUGAGUGAGUGCUUGAGAGAGAGUUUGAAGGGUAAGAGAUUCUUGAUUGUAUUGGAUGAUGUGUGGGAUGCACAAGUUUCUCAUGACAUAAAGAAGCUUGCAGCUACUAUUCAGUAUCUAGUUGGGAGCAGAGUUUUGCUUAUCACUAGGAUGGAAGGAGUGGUCGAACGCGCUGGCUUAGAAUCCGGGAUUGAUUCCAUGGAUAUGCGGCUUAUGGACAAGGACGAAAGUUGGGAUCUUCUUCGUGAGAAUGUGUUUGCUACGGAGCCAUGCUCGUUCCAGCUGGAGAAGGCUGGAAGGAAGAUUGCAGAGAAAUGUGACGGCCUUCCUCUUACAAUCAUCAAAGUGGCUCAUCUCCUGUCCAGAGAAGAGAAGACGGUGGAGUACUGGAACGAGGUAGCAACGCGAGAUAAGCAUCAGGUCUUUAAAGCUGCAUAUGAUGAAGUAUCAAAGGUACUAUAUCCUAGCUAUGAAAACUUACCUGAUCAUUUGAAGAUGUGCCUUUUGUAUAUGGGAGUUUUCCCUCAAAAUGCUGAGAUUCCCGCAUCCAAGGUCGUAAACAUGUGGCUUGCUGAGGGGUUACUUGAACAGAACAAGGCUAAAUCAUUAAAGAAGCAUGCUCUAAAAUGUUUGGAUGAGCUUGCUUCAAGUAGUGUUAUGGUUUACAAAAGGAGCACUAGAAGCUCCUCUAUAAUGUCCAUUGCUGAGAAAGGGAUCAAACUUUGUGGCCUCCAUUCUUCGUGGUGGCACCUCUGUCAACAUGAAGCUAGGAAGAACAACUUUUUCUGCGUACUCGACAGUCGGGAAGAAAGUUCAGAGGAAAGUAUAAAAGGUCAGAGCAGGUUGUGUAUUCACAAGAACAUCUUACUUUGUAUCAAAGAGGUAUACGAUUCAUUAGAGGAUAACUGUGCAUUCUCUGCACGUUUUCUCCUACUUUACGGUCCCUUUAGUCGAUAUCCAGUGCCAAUAUGUUCUGCGCUGAGAAAGCUUGAGGUGCUUGAUGCUCUCAAGAUUCGUUUCUAUGAUUUCCCAUUACAAGCAGUGGAACUACUCGAGUUAAAGUACCUUGCUCUCACGUACGACGGAGAGAUCCCUCCUUCCAUAUCCAAACUUCAAAGGCUUCAAUUCUUGAUUGUUUGUCCACAUCAGCACAUCAGAUCAGGUGAAGCUUCCUUGUAUCUGCCUCGAGAGGUAUGGGACAUCGAAGAACUGAGGCAUCUUCAUGUCAUGGGAAGCGAUCUACCUGAUUUAUGGGGCACCCCAUUGCCAAACCUCACGACACUUUUGGAUGUGACUGCUCGUAGCUGUAGAAGAGGUGUUUUCGAAAGAAUCCAAAAUUUAACAAAGUUAGGGAUUCGAAUCGAAUUACCACCUGAUCAUUGUGAUGAGCCUCUGAGUUACUUUGAUCAUGUUUCCAUUCUCAAAAAUUUGAUCUCACUUAAAUGUGUGGUAGUGAAUCCUGAACUUAGGUUUGAGUUAGUUCCUCCUCCUAUACUACCAAAUCUCCCAAUACACCUAAAAAAGUUGGCAUUGAGUGGGAUGGGGUAUCCAUGGUCAGACAUGAGCAAGAUUGCUUCAUUAAAAAAGCUGAAAGUGCUCAAGCUGCGAUGCAAUGCAUUUCAAGGACCAAAGUGGGAAGUCGAGGAGAAGACGUUUCCAGCGCUCGAAUAUCUUCUGAUGGAAGACUGUGAUCUUGCGCACUGGAAAGUUGAAAGUGGAAGCUUCGAAAGGCUUGAGCAUCUAAGCAUAAAGCACUGCUACAAUUUACGAGAGCUCGACUGGAAAUGCGAAGAUAAUAUUUCGAUGAUUGAAGUAGACGACUGUGACCUUAUGGUUGAAAAGCAGAUAAAAGAGGCAAAGUGGGGGAAAGGAAUGUUAGCUUUGGAUUUCACUAUGCAUUAUUCUUGGAAUGAUGGGAAGCAACAGCCAUGA